CGUGUAGCGCGUAAGCGUGUUCGUUUCUCGCUCGUGGCGCUUUUAUGCGAGCGAUCGGUUGUGGAUCUCGAGGGCAGCGAAAUAAGAGGCAGCGUUGUCGUACGAUUAUCGUAGACAUGCCACACGUACUGUUGGGCGAUUCGAUUGCAGUGGAAUUGGAAGCUCAGGAGCCAUGGCCACAACCGAUUACCUUGUAUCAACCGUAUGAGGUCGAGCAGAUUCUGCUUCCCGACAAUGCAAACUGUCUGGCGGUACAGGCUUUCCUCAAGAUGUGUCAGCUUGAUUUUCAAAUAGAACCGAGGAAGAAUGCAGAGUUUAUGUCACCGUCAGGCCGCGUGCCCUUUAUCAGGUGCGGCACGAAAUUAAUAUCCGAGUUUGAUGGUAUAGUGGCACAUAUAGGAAGUAAAGGAAUAAGCCUCUCCGAUCAUCUGGAUCCUAAUGGCAAAGUGGACAUGAGGGCAUACCAGUCUCUUGUUAACAAUGUAUUUGUUAAUGCAGAGCUGUACAUCUGCUGGGUAGAUCCGGCGAUUUUAAAUGUCACAAAGCAGAGGCACGGAAGCGUAUACCCUUGGCCGCUUAAUCAUUAUCUGAAUUGGCAGAAGAGACGAGAAGUCAUAAAAAAACUCAGCGUACUCGGCUGGUACAACAAAAGUUUGGAUGAAGUUUUUGACGACGUAAAGAAGUGUUGCAUAGCAUUAUCUGAGAGGCUAGCGGACUGAAAGAGUAAGUAACCCACCGAAGUCGAUGCCCUGGUAUACGGUCAUAUUUACACUCUCACGUCGCCCUCCUUUCCUUCCAACGAAGAAGUCGCUGCCAUGAUCCGUCAGUUUCCCAAGCUUAUCGAGCACAUGUUCAGAAUCGAACACCGUUACUUUAGUUUUGGAAUACAAAACGAGAUUGCGGAAGAGUUUGAAAUAAUUGAGUCAUCCUCCAAAGAUACUCUGUGGGAUGGCUUUCGAUCACAGCCUGAAUCGCUUCCUCCUCUUUCCGAGCAUUCUUUUACAUUCAAACCCAACGAGUUGGACGCUUUGGUUUUUGGUCAUAUAUUCACUAUAAUCACGACGCCGCUACUUGACAACAAGUUGGCUAUGAUUAUACGGGAUCAUCCGAAGCUCGUGAAUCUCUGUAAACGCAUCGAGAUUAGCUUUUUUUCUCCUCAAGCUAUAGACAGUCAGACUAAUGAAACGCUGGAGUUCAAGAAUUAAGCCAAUGAUCCAACCGUACAGAGGAUAUCGAAUUAAAAGAACACGACGACUUUUGUCUAAACUAAAUUUAAACGUGAUAUCCCAGUGUCAGGCAAUAAAAGCAUGCCAAAAUAUGUUGAAGUACGGUUUCGGAAGCUAUUGACUAGGUAUAAAAUCUCGUGUUUAUAAAAUGUACCGCCAAUUAUGUCAUAUCAAUGUUCCUGGUGAUAUUUAUAUCUUUCUAUAUAUUUAUAAUUAUUUUAUUCAAGUAUGUAAUUAAUAACAUUAUGUAUAUUGUUAAGCACGCACUGUUACGUUAAAGUAUAUCAUAUAUGUACAUGCAUAAUGUAGAUGCAGGGAGAAACAAUUUUCUAGUCAAUAUACCAAUCUCCAUUUUUAUGUCUGUUUUAUGCAGAUACAGGAGAGGUAACUUUCAAUGUAUACGUCGUGUAUAUAUGUAAUGACUGCAUGUAAAAUUUGAAUACAACCUUCCUUUGAGUCUAUGUUUAAUGUUCAAUAUGUUUCUUGUCUCCAGCGUUUCAGUCAUUGCACCAUUGAAACGCAAAUCAAAAGAAAUCUGUCUAUUUAUUAUUUUAUUGAUAUUAUGUCUGUCGUCAAUUUAGUUUUAUAACAAUGACACUGUCGUUAAGAAUUUAACUUCAGGGUGAUUGGCUAUACGUGAUUCAAAUAAUUUCACGAAUAACAAUCAAUUUGCUUUAUUAUUAUUACGUGUUUGUGCAUAAUGUGAGUAUAAUCUUAAACUAUCAUAAACACUACGAGAUGUAAGAUUUCUGCGAUGCUUUCUGUUACAUUAUGCUGCUAAUUCUGUUCUUUUUGAUACUGAAUUCGGUCUAUACUUAUAUUAUGAAUUAUACACGGAUUUAUAAUGUAGCACAUGUAAUCGUGUAUAAUUAUAUAAUUAUAUGACGCGCAUAAUUAUAUAAUUAUUGACAG